AUGCAGCAGCUUCCGAGCCUUCUAUUCUCUUUACCAGAAUUUCCGCCAACCAACCAAAGACGUUCACAACGACGACAACACCGCCACGAGUCUCAGCACAGUCACGACAACGUUCACCCCAGCUGCCGUGACGGUGACGGUUACGCCUACGCCAGUCACUUCUACGGUCACGUCAAGCGUUACGACUACUUUUACACCGGCAGCGGUCACGUCUACAGUCACGCCAGCACCCCGUUACUUCAACCGGUCACGCCAGCACCCGUUACUUCAACGGUUACUUCAAGCUUCACAUCUACGCCUCCGGCAGUUACUUCGACCGUCACUCCAGCACCAGUUACUUCGACCGUUACCCCAGUGCCAGUUACCUCGACAGUUACGCCAGCGCCAGUCACUUCAACGAUUACUCCGGCACCAGUUACUUCCACUGUCACCCCGGCGCCUGUUACGUCAACGGUCACGCCGGCGCCAGUUACUUCCACUGUGACCAGCGGCACCACAACUACUCAGUUCGUGACUACCGCAAGCGCCAAUACGAUUACACAGGACAAUACGGUUUUUAACACGGACAACAACGUCGAGAACAACGACAACAUCGUUCGCUACUCUCACGUCCACAUUCACUCCUACGGCCGUCACAGAGACGUCUACGUUAACAGUUACCCCUACGCCCAGCCCCCGUGCCAGCGCGCCUCCGAGAGCCGACGGCCGAUGUGGUUCCAUCCAAUCUCCUUUUCCCCACCUCUAACCGGAAACUCCCUGGAAACAACGAAUGGGACGACCAUCUGCCACUUCUCUGGCCCGUGCGGCAAGGGCGUUGAGAUGAGUUUGCCCAAUUCGAAGAGUGCUGCAACAUUCCAUCGAGAAGAACUCCCGGGCGAGAGCAGUACCUUGCUGCUCUGUAUCUUGCGAUACAUUCUUGCGGCCGUGUCUCCUGUGCGUUUCUGCAUUCUCGGGCACCGUCUCCCUGCUGGAGACUUUGCCUAUAGUCCAGGCUUUCCACUCCUUCUUCGCUUCUGGUUCUCUCAAUCAUCCUCCUGGAUUGACUAA